CCCCAACUAGGUAAUUAAUCCAGGAAGAAGAAGCCUAGCAAGGCGUUGUUCCAGAUUGACUCAUGCUCUCUUGACUUCUCAUGUCACUUCUUGCUUAGGCAUGUCUCUUGAAGGUGGAUCAGCGAUGUUACCAAUCAUCAUAUCCACAGGCACAGGGAAGCCAGACCCAGACACGCGCAAGCUUAUUAGGAGCCAUGUCAUGCUAGGAAAGAAUCAGGGCAAAUCCCGACGUUCGGGGCGCGAUGACCGAGCGGAGUUAGAGCACGAUGAGACUUGUAAUGCAAAGCCUAGAACUUUGCGGAAGCAGCCUGGCCCAUUGGAUAAGAGGCCGCCUUCUAUCAUUCCGCAACGGGUUGGCUCGGAGGUCUCCCUGCUACAAUUUGCGGACACAGUGGAACCGGCGUUGGCUGUGGAUAUCGUAAGAUUUUCGGCUAUAUCGAAGAGAACAUUAUUCACCCUAGAGAGAUAUCUUUCCUUUCCGAAGAAAAGUGACCAGUGGCACGAUCUGUUGAUAGCGGAUCCUAUCUAUCUCCAUGGCAUGGCUUUCAUAACGCAGGACUUCUUCGAUGGAUUGUCGGGUUGGCAAUUUGAGACAAAAAAGACGACCUCAUUACACUUCUUGAAGACACUUCAACUCCUCCGCGAGAGGCUAUCCCUUCCAGACGAGCAAUUGAAAACGUCGGAUGCUACGAUAAUGGUGGUUCUGUUCCUAACGACACACGCGCUUGUUAGGGAGGAUUUUGACGCUGCCAAGCAUCACCUCAGGGGCCUUCAUAAGAUUGUGGAUCUGCGAGGUGGCAUGGACACCUAUACCUACGAUGUGAACCUGAAGACCGAAAUGUACCGAUCUGAUUUAUCAAUUGCCCUUCAGAGCUGUACAAGCCCUCUCUUCUUUGAUGACACUCUACGGAUUUCGAUCCUGACUACACCACCUCUGAGUGGGCACGCUAACGAACAAUUCCUCCAAAGCAUAGACGAUGAUCUAGCUAGAACAUGGAGCAUUAUGAGGAGAUUUUGUGUCCUCGUGAAUAAAGCUAUCGAAAAGCAACAAAGAUUUUCGAUGGAGUUCUUCAUGGAGACAAUGACUUCAGUGAUGUACCGCCUACUCAAUAUAGAGUUUGAAACAGGUUCGAUUGCUGAAGCUCUCCGUCUCGGGCUUCUGGCCUUCUCCUCCCAUAUCUUCUUGCAGUGGCAGGAUAUUCGACGGCCGUACAUUCAAUUCUCUGCUGCGUACAAAAAAUGUCUUGUAUCUCUCAAGUCUUUAGAUGGUGUUUCAUCUCAUAUCGUACUUUGGCUCUUAAUGGCUGGUGGAGUUUCAGUGUUCGGUGCUUCUGAUGACGAGUGGUUGAAGCCUUGGUUACGGGCUAAUAGCCAACUAUGCAAGGUACGCUCAUGGCCAGCGAUGAGGGAUGUCAUGGAGUCAUUCAUGUGGAUUGGUGCGCUGCACGACAAACCUGGGAAGGAUUUAUUCGAAUCAGCCUUGUUGCAACCGUCUCCCGAAGUGUACCUGCCCAGUGUAUAAAUCUAUUCUCUUUAGUUAUUGGAGGUAAUACCAUAGUGAUAUCCCAGAUUUCACAGUUUCUGAAUCAAUGCA